UGGACGGGAGGUCCGAUGGCCUCAAAUGCCGAAAUGGACCGGUGAGGUAUUUUGGCCCUAGGCAGAUGAUGAUGAAGGUUUCUGAAUGAUUUUCAGAAUACGUCUUCACAAGAAAUGAUUCAGCCAGUUCAAAAGCAAAAUACUAAAAAAAAAGUUUCUAUCUUGGCUACCCUAGAUGACAGUUUAAGUGCCAUGUCAACAAGAGGAUUAGCAAUUCCCAGGACUCCAGGACUGUUUUCUCAAUCUGUUACUCCACGGAGCCGAAGUGCCACAAAGCAGUCAAAUAUAUCUACCAACCUAGGCACAGAGAGGAAAUCGCCUUACUUUGUGAAGAUUCCUGGGCACCUUGGUAAUUUGUCUGUGUUAGAUGGCAGUGACUGGACAGCUGCACUUACACCUCCACAUUCAGUCAUGUUUGUAAACUUAGAUUAUAGUACAGCAGAAGAAGUCACAAAGAGUGCUGUCCUCUUGAAUGAGGAUGACCCAGGGGAAUCUGCUGCGAGGAGCAUGUAUCCUGACUUUCUCCAUUCCCUGUUAAAGCACAGUUCAAAUACUGUUUUUGAACUUAUAGAUGAGUAUGAAGAUACUUGCAGUAAUCAGCUAAACAUUCUUCAAAAAAUCGUGUAUCGAGCAACUCCUGGACAACAGAAAUUUUCCAAAACUGCUAGUAUUUUGUGGCUUCUAAAGCAAGAAAUGGUAACAUGGAGACUCUUGUCAUCAAUUUACAGAGACAGAAUACAGUCUGCUUUGGAAGAUGAAACUAUGUUUGAUCUUGCAGUUAUAAAUGCCAGUGAAAAGACUGUUGUGAACAAUCUAUUCCAGAGAGACUCAUUGGUGCGGCAAAGCCAGUUGGUGGUAGACUGGUUAGAGAGCAUUGCAAAGGAUGAAAUUGGAGACUUCUCUGAUAAUAUUGAAUUUUAUGCAAAGUCUGUAUACUGGGAGAAUACAUUACACAUUUUGAAGCAGUGGCAAUCAAACACAUUCAGUGGGAGUUUACGUCCAUUAGUGACUGAAGUAGACCCAGAUGCUCCAGUAAGGCAGAAAAUGCCACUUGAAGAUUUAGAUCGUGAAGAUGAUGCACGAUUGCUCAAGUUCCUUUUUACUCUCAUUAGAGCAGGAAUGACAGAUGAGGCCCAAAGACUCUGCAAAAGGUGUGGCCAGGCCUGGAGAGCUGCAACACUUGAAGGAUGGAAACUGUACCAUGAUCCUAACAUGAAUGGAGGGCAAGAGCUAGAGCCAGUAGAAGGAAACCCAUACAGAUGCAUUUGGAAAAUCAGUUGCUGGCGACUUGCAGAAAAGGAACAGUUUGACAAGUAUGAGAGAGCGAUCUAUGCGGCACUUAGUGGGAAUCUCAAACAGCUUCUUCCAGUUUGCGAUACCUGGGAAGAUGCUGUUUGGGCAUACUUCAGGGUCAUGGUAGACACACUUGUUGAACAGGAAAUUCGUUCAUCUGUAAUGAAUACAGAGGAGAAGGAAGAACUCCCCAGAGAAUAUUUGGAAACAAAUUGGACUUUAGAAAAAGUAUUUGAAGAACUUCAAGCAACAGACAAAAAGAGAGUUUUGGAAGAGAAUCAAGAGCACUAUCACAUGAUUCAAAAGUUUGUUAUCCUAGGAGAUGUGGAUGGUCUUAUGAAUGAAUUUUACAAAUGGCUUUCCAAAGGCAGAAAUAUGCUUCCUGGGCAUCUGCUUCGAUUCAUGACUCAUCUCAUUUUAUUUUUCCGUACUUUGGGGCUUCAAACCAAAGAGGAAGUAUCAAUUGAUGUUUUAAAGGCCUACAUUCAGUGGUUAGUAUGUGAGAAGCACACUGCUCUCAUAGCAUUUUAUGUCAGCCACCUGCCUCAAGAUAUAGCUGUUGCUCAGUAUGCUGCAUUCUUGGAAGAUGUCAUAGACACUGAACAACGGCACCACUGUCUGGAGCUUGCCAAGGAAGCAGGUUUGGACAUUGCAACUAUAACAAAAACAGUGGUUGAAAAUAUUUGCAAAAAAGACACUAGUGAGUUCUUCCACCAUGAUCUUGCAAUAGAGACAGGCACAACAGAGGAUGAUCGCUUGAAGAUUGAUGUCAUUGAUUGGCUAGUAUUUGAUCCUGCUCAGAGAGCUGAAGCACUUAAGCAAAGCAAUGCUAUAAUGAGGAAAUUCUUGGCAUCUAAGAAGCAUGAAGCAGCCACAGAAGUAUUUAUAAAGAUUCCACAAGACUCUAUAGCUGAAAUAUACAAUCAAUGGGAAGAACAAGGAAUGGAGAGUCCACUUCCGGCUGAAGAUGACAAUGCUAUUAGAGAGCAUUUAUGUAUUAGAGCAUACUUGGAAGCCCAUGAAGCUUUUAAUGAGUGGUUUAAACACAUGAAUUCAGUUCCACAGAAGCCAAGUCAGCUUUCACAAGCAAGUUUCACAGAAAAAGUUGCCCAUGAACUUAAAGAGAAGAAAUAUGAGAUAGAUUAUGGCAUCUGGAAAGGUCUUUUAGAUGCUCUUACAGCUGAUGUAAAAGAAAAAAUGUAUAAUGUCUUAUUGUUUAUCGAUGGAGGAUGGAUGGUUGAUGUCAGAGAGGAUGCUGAAGAUGACCCUGAGCGUUCUCAUCAGAUGAUCAUGCUGCGAAAACUCUGCUUGCCAGUGUUGUGCUUCCUCCUUCAUACAGUCUUGUACAGCACUGGACAGUAUCAGGAAGACUUAAGACUUGCUGACUUGAUUGCUUCAGAUAGGCACAAACUAUAUAUGAUAUUUUCCAAGGAGGAACUCCAGAAGCUCUUACAGAAGUUGAGAGAGUCUUCCCUCAUGCUUCUGGAUCAAGGUCUUGAUCCCCUUGGAUAUGAAAUUCAGUCUUAAUUGCAGUCUUAAUUCAAAUAAAACUAGUGAUACAAACAAAUAUAAGGUUUGGAUCCCAGAUUCUUGGCCUCCAUGAAAUAGAGAAUAUUGGGAUUCAACCUCCAUUGUUUUAUAUGGAAAUAUUUAAAUAUUUUAUUGGCAUUGGCGUACAGCAGUUUGGAUUUUUUUUUAACAUAUAAAAUAAAGAAUUGCAUGGAUAAAACUUUGUAUUUUUCUCAAUAAAAUUGUAAACAAUUUAA